UGAGUGGAUAAACGAAAGAAUGCAGCGACACAGAGCUAAAACAGAGUGAGAGUAGACAGAUGAUUUUCAUUAGAGGUGACCCAUCUUCCAAUAACAGGAAAGUGCAGUAGAGGAGGGGAAUGAUUUCUCUCAUACAAAGAAAAAGUUUCUCCUGGAAAAAAUGGGCCCUGGGGAGUGCACUAAGUAGCCAGCCAACUAAAAGAAGCUACUGGUUACUGUACAUCAAACUGCUCUGUGACUCCAGCAAGGGAUGACCGUCUGGGACAGAUUGUAAACCUCUCUGCUUUGUUCAAAACCAACCAACCAGAGGUGAGCUCUGUUGACUGUGGGAUUGGGACGGACCCACAAGGAAACCUUAACUUCUGAAUGCCCACCCCUGCCCUGAAAUUGUAGAGGCCAUGGGAAAAGCCAAGAAAGAAGAGGAGGCUGUUUUUCUAAGGAAAAAGAUCACUUUGCUGAGGGCUUUUUCACUCCUUAUUGGCAGCAUGGUGGGCAGUGGCAUCUUUAUCUCUCCAAAAGGGGUGUUGAAAAAUUCCGGCAACGUGGGUGUCUCCUUAAUCGUUUGGUUUGCCUGCGGGAUUCUCUCUCUAUUUGGUGCCUUGAGCUAUGCAGAACUUGGAACAAGAAUCACAAAGUCUGGAGGACAUUAUAUCUAUGUACUGGAGACACUGGGGCCUUUGCCAAGUUUCUUGUAUCUGUGGGCUGAGUACUUUGCUAUCAGGCCAGCCAAUAGUGCAGUGAUUUCUCUGGCAUUUGGAAACUACAUAUUGGAACCAUUUUUUGCGCCCUGUGCAGCCCCACUUCCUGCUGUGAAGCUUGUCGCUCUCUUGGGUUUCUACACAGUCCUCAUCCUGAACUCUUGGAGUGUCAGCUGGAGUGCCAGGCUUCAGAAUGUCCUAUCUGUCAUCAAACUCCUGGCUCUCGCACUCAUCAUUGUGCCAGGGAUGAUGCUUCUGGCCCAAGGCCACACUGAAAAUUUCCAGGAUGCUUUCAGUAGUCAAUCGCUGGCUUUGGACAAACUGCCCUUGGCUUUUUAUGCUGGGAUGUUUGCAUAUUCAGGCUGGUUUCAAACUAGCUUUGUGCGAGAAGAACUGGUCCGACCUGAACGAAAUAACCCACUGGCUGUGAUAGUGUCUGUGGUCACUGUAAUUGUGGGGUACAUGCUCACCAACGUUUCCUAUUAUACAGUCUUGACAGCAGAGGAUGUGCUGGCUUCCCAGGCUGUGGCUGUGAGUUUUGCACAAAAAGCUUUCCAAAGACUUGUCUCCGUGAUUCCCAUCCUGGUUGCCCUGUCCUGCUUUGGAACCAUGAAUGGGGGGAUCUUUACAUUUUCAAGGACUCUAUUUGUGGCUUCAAGGGAGGGUCAAUGGCCUCCUCUCUUCUCCAUGAUCCACAUCCGAAGGCACACUCCCCUUCCAGCCGUCAUGUUAAUGUUGCCAUUGGUUACCGCCAUGGUGUGCGUUGGAGACAUCUACCACCUUCUGAAUUUCUUCAGCUUUUCCCGAUGGCUCUUCAUAGGAUUAGCCACACUGGGACUCAUCAUCCAUCGUUACCGUCACCCAGAGCUGCCCAGGCCAUUCAAGGUUCCCCUCUUCAUUCCUGUCUCCUUCACCGUCAUCUGCCUCUUCGCAGUGGGAAUGUCUUUCUACUCAGACCCAGUGUAUGUCAGCAUUGGCUGUGCCAUGGUUUUAAGUGGUUUUCCAGUCUACUUCUUGGUGAUCCGCAGGCCAAUACCUGACUAUUGCCGUACCACAAUCUAUUAUCUUACAUUCAAACUUCAGGUACUGCUGGAAGUAGUCAGACAGGAAAUCAGGACUUAUUGAAGACCGCAUCUUAUUGGAGAAGAAAACAUAGUGGCUUGUCCAAUGAAAGCCACUAGUCCCAUUUCUGAUCCUUUUGCCCUGCUAAGAGACCAGGAGGCACUCUUAAUUUUGCAGUGAGUGCGGUGCAACUAGAGAUGUGCAGAACAAAUAACUUAGGUCCAAACACCUCCAAGCUUUGAUACUCUGGAUCUGAAUCAGAAUUUUGCAUCCACUUCUAUCUUUCUAAACCCAAACUUCACAUCUGAACAGCUGACUUUUGGAGGUGUUCAAAAUCAGGAUUCAAAUUUUGUAGGUUGGUUCAUCUCUCAGUGACACACACCAUUUUCGACUUCCUAGUCCUUGAGGAAAGACAAGGUGAAGAAGAGUGCCUAUUUCACAAUCCAAAUAUCAUUUAAAUUGACAGCUAUGGAAAACAAGUUCAGCUUUCAGAUGGAAGGUUAUGGAAAUCUGAAAUGAUGUGCUGAGGAUGGUCAAAUGCUUUUAAGGUAAAAUUGGAGAGUGGGAAAAUCAAUAAGAGAACUUCUUAAGAGAAGCAGAGUGGUAGGUGAACUCCCAUUCUCCUUCCAUUGGACAAAAUAAUCUUUGGGACUUAGAGUUCAGUUCUACUUUGAAAAAUUACUCAAAACUGCCUUAUGUCUCAGUGAUUUCCCAAUCAAAUUUGCUUGGUUUACAAGAACAAAACCUAUUCAUUUUUUGAUGUACCAGCCCUGCCCAAAAUCUGAAAGUUGACCUUUUUUCUCCUUCUUAAGCAUCAUUAGUAGUAAAGAUUCUCCAGGCUAAAUUCCGACCUCACAUCUGUGCAGCCCCACAGAAGUGGGGUUGCACAGGUAUAAUCAAGUAGCAUAGUAGAAUUUGGCUCUGCAAAGGUUUAGUUAACAAUUCCUGUAGAUGAUGCAUGAGUUAAACUAGAAUACACGUCAUUUUCUUGGAGUUCUUCACAGCCAAUGCACAUAAGAGGAGUAAAUACUAGAAUCUUUUGUCUCUAAAGCCAGCACCCAUGACCCUGAAUUCACACAGGGAGCAGGUCUGAAUAAGGAGGUGCAAUUUUUAUCUAGUCACUUUCAGGGUAUAACUGCAUCUUAAAGGAAUCUCAACCAGAAGUUGUUGGUGAGUUGAGAGCAGGGAUUUUAAUAAACAUAUCCUUCAAUGCAGUAAGAAUGCACAGCUAUUAAGGUCUUGAUUCAGCAAAGCACUUAAGCAUGUGCUUUAAUUGUAAGCACAUGCUCCGAUGCUUUGCUGAAUCGGGACCUACAUGUUCGUUUGAACAAAGUUUCUGUUAAGUUAAUAUUGUUGGUUUACAGUGUAAUAUUGAUGUUGCAAAAUUCUGUCCAGAUGACACAAUAAUCAGUUAUUUACAACAACUUUUAAAAGUGUGACUCAAAUUUUAAAAGAUGAGAAUCACUAUAUCAGGAAUUGUCCAUCUAGCCAGAACGCGAAGCAUUUUAAGUACUUCAUAUUAAGCCUCUAAAUAUUUAGAUCAAAACCAAAGUAACAUUUACGGAGUUGUAAUAUAAUCUAUCAAAACCCUAUUCAAUGUACUAUCAAGCCUUUUUCAAAUAAAGUUUUCAGAUGUGAUGGAGAGUCA